AUGGCUCUCAAUACAGAAGUUAUUACUCUGUCAGAUUCCGUCAUUUCAAGUGUUACCAUUUAUCGGUGGAAAUUGUUCGCGAAUCAAUAUGCUACUGUCAUAUUAUUUCGCAGUCAUUGUGUUGCAAUUAUCUACCUCGCAAACAACAGUCAUGAAUCAUUUCGGGUAUCAAAUGAAGAUGAUCUAUUAAUACAAGUAGUAAUAACCGAUCAUUUGAGGCGAGAAAUUCCCAUAAUGCAACCUUCAAACAGCCGAGAAAAAAGAAAUGACGGCGAAAUAAUGACCGUGGCAAGCGGAGCAAACGAAGAAUGGUCCGCAUGCAAUCAAUACCGUGGUCCAUCAGUCUGCACAGGGACAGAGACAUACAUGGGAACGAACCGCAAUUUGAAUGUAUGCGGCGAAGAAUUCAAACGAUUGGAUGGUGAUCUGCAAGGGCAUGGAGACAUACAUGAGGACGAGAAAUUAUUGUGA